GGAGCAGUGUUGUGUUGGAUUACCUUUGGAACUCCCAGUCACAUUCGGUCACACAAAACAGAUCACAAAUAAGSCUUCUUGGAAUUCAUCCAAUCAUAAGGUCAGCAUGUGACACGCCUCCGACGUUCCUCCGAUCGAUAUUAACUAUGGAUCGAUGCAUGAGGAUUCAGUACGUAAGUAGUGUUCAUGUACAUGCCAUACUGUUUUUGAAGACCUCUUUAAAGCUUUAUACGCUUUAGAUCUCGUACGAAAGAACGCGACGAGUUUAGUCAGUGACACGGMGCACGAAUGACGUGUGAGUGCCGGGACGAUGUACCAGAGUAUUCGCUAGACGAUGUGUCACAACACCAUAAUGCAGAAUCAUGUUGGAUUGUUUUCUUAGACAAAGUAUACGACAUAACUUCGUUUAUGGUCGAGCAUCCUGGAGGAUUUGAGAUCUUGUUAGAGCACGCAGGUUAUGAUGCAACAAGUGCCUUUCAAGACGCAGGACAUUCCAAGGAAGCAARGAAACGUCUAGCAAAGCAUUUCAUUGGUAAUUUAGUUAAGGAAGAAAGAAUGUACAAGAAAGAAUCGGACGAGGGUUGUAUACUCUGUCUCAAGACUUCAGUCAAARACGAUGAGUGAAACAUCUGACAAUGUACCAAAUCAAGCACCUCGUUAGGUCUGUGCCUGUGUUUGUAUGCUAUUGAAAGUUUGUGGCGAUAUGGAAUCUUUAUGUCGUACAAUCAAGUUUACCACCUUGUAAAAGUCACCUUGAACUGAUGAACAUGAAGCUCAAUCUGUCUCACGACUAUCCUUGAAUUUAUAUCUACGGUGUACGCCGUUAUUAACGCUGUUAGUAACAUUCACGAUUCAUGAUAACUUAAAUAACUUUACAUUUGUCAGUACGAGUAACAUCAAGCAAUUUCUCUCGUUUCGUUUGCAUAGACAAACGUUUUCUCAUGCACCUUAUUACACGACUAAAGUUAAAGUAUACACAUUAAUAAUCAAAAUUUGUACAAAGAGAAAUAACAAACAAUGUAAAUAAACAAAUGCAAAAAUUAAUGUCAAAAUUAAUGUUUGGAAAUAUCCUGCAUUAAGGAAACAGUAAAAGUUAACAGGAUCGAGAGGAAGGACAAGCAAAGCUUUGACCCAAGGUUCGUGCGCAUGCGGUCUACRUACAUGCCUUAACUAAGACCAGAUAAAUAUAUCAUAGCAGGAGAUCUGACAAUCGAAGAAAGAAGCGCUUGCUGCGCUCAUAAAGUACCGCAUGAUCAAAAACAAGUUCAAAUAAAGCUUUCAUUCAAGGUUCGUACGGUCURCACACAGGCAUGCUUUAACUAGUAUCAAGGCGCGGACACACGGUGCAUCAUUGCAAGCAACAUUGCACGCAACAAAUUUGAAUCGGGUAACAAAAGUUGCAACAAAAUCACGCUACAUCGCAUGUGUCAGCCAGCUAUGCUUUGAAAUUUGGCCAGCGGUUAUGAAUUUGGUGCAAGCUGAUUGGCUGAAAAUUUCAAAAUUUUGCACGCAAUGUUGCAGCCAUUUUCACACGAUAAAAUUUGCUGCGCUCAAUGUUGCGAGAGUAGAGMGAGAUUCAACUACAGAUUUGUUACAUACAAUGUUGCGUGCAACAAGUUCCACAAUGGGUAGACACGAUGCAACAGUCUUUUUGCGUGCAAUUUUGCACUGUGUCUGCACCUUAAUUAUCUUCGAGGUUCUAUAGUAGGAUCAUUGACAAUGGGGAAAAAAAGAAGAAUUCUUUCCAAGACGCCUCUACACCGACAUAAUAAGAGCAUGGCACAGUUGCCAGCUGUUGCCGGGUUCAACCGCUUAGUAUAUUUAUUGCCUGGGGGUUCGGAGGAUUUUUGUGCUAACAUUACAAAGAUUAACUGUUCACUGAUCCCCCMUUAUUACUGAGUUUUCCCCGCUUUGGUACCUGUACAUUUUUAGUUUAUAGCCCAAAAUCCGGUCUCCAUUUGUCAAAAUUUUUAGCUUAAAAACCAUAUGUGAUCCCCUAAAUAUCUCUUGAAGUUGAGUAGAAUAAAAGAGUUAAAGGAGUGGAAAGAAAGAAGCACUUUCU